CGUGGGGACCUGCUGCAGUCCAGGAAGCCCGAGCUGAGAAAAGAUUCAUUAGCAAGUUACCUUUACAUUACGAGUCGAUAGAUAGAUACUGUUGUUCUCAAGUAAGCCUGAAAAGUUAAAAAAAAACAGAGCGGUUAUGGAGCAAGAUAUAGUAAGCCUGAAGGAACAACUGUUGGUGAAAGAAAAUGAGAUUGGCAUUUUAAAGGACAAACUCGAACGGUUGUUGAAGGAUUCCCAGUGCAGCACUGAAGCAAUUGAUGUACAAGGAACUGUGACACAACUGACUCCCCUGCAAGAAAAGCCAUUUCUCUCCAACGAAGAGAUCAUGAGGUAUAGCAGGCAACUGCUUGUCCCCCAGUUCGGUGUUAAAGGGCAGCAGCAGCUGUGCAGGACCUCUGUGCUGGUCGUGGGGUGCGGAGGGCUGGGCUGUCCUUUGGCGCAGUAUCUGGCUGCAGCUGGCGUAGGACGACUGGGGCUGCUGGACUAUGAUGAGGUGGAGCUGGGUAACCUGCACAGACAGGUGCUUCACGGAGAGGACAGGAAGGGAAAGCCGAAGGCCCUGUCUGCUGCAGCGUCCCUGAAGAGGCUGAACUCUGCAGUGGACUAUGUGCCAUAUCACAUGCAGCUGACUCCCGAGAACGCCCUGCAGCUCGUUCAGCAGUACGAUAUCAUAGCCGACUGUUCUGACAACGUGCCCACGCGCUACUUGGUUAACGACGCUUGUGUUCUUGCUGGCAAACCUUUGGUUUCCGCCAGCGCUCUGCGGAUGGAGGGGCAGCUCACUGUGUACAAUUACUGCGGGGGUCCGUGCUACAGAUGCCUGUACCCCGUGCCCCCUCCCCCAGAGACUGUGACCAACUGCUCAGACGGAGGUGUUCUUGGAGUAGUGCCAGGGAUCAUGGGGUGUUUCCAGGCUUUGGAGAUCCUGAAGAUUGCCUCUGGGCAAGAACCCGGCUACCGCCAGCAGCUGCUCAUGUUCGAUGCUCAGGAGGCGCGCUUCCGCACGAUCAAGCUGAGGCCCAGGCAGGCCGGCUGCUCGGUCUGUGGAGAAAACCCCAGCGUGAGAGCUCUGCAAGACUAUGAGAAAUUCUGCGGCUCCGCUGCCACGGACAAGUGCAGAAGGUUGUGUCUGCUUGACCAAGAGCAAAGAAUAUCUGUUCAGGAGUAUAAAGAGAUCCUGGAGGAGCACGUCCCUCACCUGCUCCUUGACGUCCGGCCGCCGGUGGAGGUCGACAUUUGCCACCUGCCCGUCUCAAUCAAUAUACCUCUUGCUAGUUUAGAGGACAAAAAAGCUCCACAUUUACAACUGCUGAAGGAGAAAAUAGAAGAGAGCAGGCAGAAGACAGACCGAAAAUCAGAUUUUCCAGUGUAUGUGAUCUGUAAGCUUGGGAAUGACUCCCAGAAGGCCGUCCAGAUCUUGCAGGAAAUGUCCGGUGUGGAGCUGGAACACAUUGCUGCGAAAGACAUCCGGGGAGGACUGAUGGCCUGGGCUCAAAAGAUUGACCUGUCUUUUCCACAGUACUGAGGCUUCCACAGUAGCUUUUAUUUGACGUUUCCAUUGGCAUGUGCUAUGUAUAUCGGUAUAAGUUCAUAAAACCAUACUUAAUAUUCCCAUUUGCUUUUAAUUUUCCUGUCUGUUCAUUUCUAUUAGAAGAGCUUUUAUGCUUUAGUGUAGACCAUUAGUCCAGCCCUGGAGCACUUAGCUCUUCUGCAGAGGCAUCAGACCAUGGUAACUGUCAAUAUUUACACAUUUUCCAGUGUCCACUUGAUGAAAGGAACUGCAUAUAAAUAGUGUAAAUGUAAGUGCCCCUGCUCUAAACACACUAAACGCAAGGCAGUUUUUUUACCGUAGCAUUUGAUCAAUGGGAAUGGAGAUUCAGUAGAGAUUAAAAAGGAAAUGAUGCUUCUAUAUGCAGUAUGCACAUACGCACAUAAGUAAGGACCCAAGGUAACACAUUUAUUCGUACCUAGUGCCAUGUACAACUGUACAUAGCAUCGUGAAGGUACACAUCCUUUUUCCAUGUUGUCAUCUCUUUAGAUCGAACCAGACAUGUGUCCUUCCAUGAGACUGGUGCAGUGAAUCUGGUUUAGUAGAAAUCCGUGUCCAGUUUUUGGAGACAAGUGUCUUCCUUGUCUCAAGUCAGCAAAUGGUGUCAGACGGUGUUGGAGAAUACAAGGAGGAAAAAGGGGGAAACUAGUUGGGGAGUAUCCUUGAGGGGGUUCGUGUGGGAUGAAAAAAUGGUAAUCAUUUCUGUAUUGAAUUUUAUUGUUUUUAGAAAAUUAAAAAGUAUUUACAAGGUUACAUAUAAAAUUA